UUCCUGAGCGUCCCAGUCCGGGCCCGGCCUUCCCCAGCACGGGCGGGGCUCACCUGAACCGUCCGGGGCGCCCCAGGUGGCUCGGGGCGGGGAGGAGCCGCGCCCCGCUCCGCCCCGCGCGGCCGCAGCCAACGCCAGCCCCCGGCGGGCGCGCUCGGAGCCGGGCCGGGAGCCGCCGCCGGAGCCGCGCGCGCGGGCGGCGCAGGCAACCUUUGCUCAGAGCCUGUCUCCUCUCAAACGGAACCACUGAGUUUUCCACCUCCUCCCCUCAGCCCUGAUCGUGGAGUCCACCUAGGAAUAUCCUGUUCAGAGUCAAAUCCAUUGGUUCUGCUCUGUCUCCCCCAACCCUCUGCCCACUUGCUCACCUCAACCAGCACGUGAUACCUUGACACUUGGGGUUGAAGACCUCUUCACCAUUUCACAAAAGCAGCCUGACAAUGUACCCUGGACCUGUCUCUUCAGGUGUCCUUGGAUGAAGGGAACACAGAGACUGUAAAAAGAGGAGUAAAGAAAGUUGUUAAAGAAAGAUACAUGAGUUUUGACUUUUCCAAACCCAAUGCCAGGAUGCUGCCCCUCUGCCAUGCUCUAGCUCUAGCUGUGGUCCACAUCUUCAUCAUCUCAGAAAACUGGGCCUUUGCCAAGAACAUCAACUUCUAUAAUGUGAGGCCUCCUCUUGACCCUACACCAUUCCCCAAUAGCUUCAAGUGUUUCACUUGUGAAAAUGCAGGAGAUAAUUAUAACUGCAAUCGAUGGGCAGAAGAUAAGUGGUGUCCACAAAAUACACAGUACUGUUUGACCGUUCAUCACUUCACCAGCCAUGGAAGAAGUACAUCCAUCACCAAAAAGUGUGCCUCCAGGAGUGAAUGCCAUUUUGUUGGUUGCCACCACAGCCGAGAUUCUGAACAUACAGAGUGUAGGUCUUGCUGUGAAGGAAUGAUCUGCAACGUGGAGUUGCCUACCAACCACACUAACGCCGUCUUCGCGGUGAUGCACGCGCAGAGAACGUCCGGCAGCAGCGCACCCAGGCCCUACCUCCUGGCACUUGCCGGGGCCAUCCUGCUCCCGUGGCUGUGAUGCCGCCAGCCACCAGAGGAACCCUCUCAGGCACAUACUGAAAACUGCGAACAACAUCCUUUGGGGCAAAGACCAGUCUGGCGUAUGCUGAAGAAUGCACGUUAGACCUCCAAGUAGAAGACUCGGCAUAUCUGAGAUGCUCCCGCAUGUGGUUUGGCGAUCCAGGCCAUUUAUGGGCAGAGACUGGAGAGUUUGCCCUCCAGACUUCCUGUGCAGAUGCUCACUUCUGCCGGAAGGACCAGUUUGCUUCAAUAACUGGUGGUCGCAGGAGCCCAGGUGGGCCUUCUCAGAGCAGGACUUGAACUGAAAGGAUUCCUCAACCUCACUGACUCCUCCGCCGGCUGCCGAGUCCGACCUUUUGUCUCUGGGAUUAGCUCAGAGUGUCCCCGUGAAAGCUAACCCUUUUUCUGGUGAUAGAAAGCAGUUUCCCUCCAUGGGAAAACUGCUCCAUGAAGAAAAAUUCCAGUUGAACUAAUAUGAAGUGCAUUUGGGAGAAACGAAGCUUUUAAAUUAUAUGUGAUAAAAUG